AUGUUUUUAAACAUGUUGGGAAAUUCAGAAAAGACAAUGCGUACGGCUUUAUCUAAGAGAACAGAAGAAGAGAUAGUAGAGCCCGACAGACGAGGAGGACGACAUGAAAUGUUGGAAGAAAACGAUGCAAAAAUGAGAGCUGCAGCAUUAGAACAAAUUCAGAAAUUUCCUAGAAUGGAGUCACAUUCGUGUAGGCAGUCCUCUACACGAGAGUACUUACACCAAUAUUUGACAGUGGAGAAAAUUCACUAUUUUUACCAAAACGAUAAUAUCAACCAACCACAAUGUAGUUAUCAUACAUAUCGACGGAUUUUUAAAUCUUUAAAUCUUUCCUUUCAUCCUCCUAAGAAGGAUCAAUGUAGUUUGUGUUUGGCAUACAGGCAAGCUGAUGAAAAAAGAAAACUAGAACCUGAGGAUGCUUAUAAUAAUCAUACUGCUGAAAAGAUAUCUGUUCGCAGGAAAAAGGAAGAAGCCAAGGAAACAUGA